UUAUAUAUUGUGAACAGCUGGGGACUGGUUACUGAUCCUUGCAGUAUCCCACUAGUCACAGCCUGCCAACGUGAGAAUGACCUGUUUAUCCCUACUGUUUUCUGCCUAUUAACCAACCAUUAAUCUAUGCCAGCAUAUUACCUCCUAUCUUAUGUGCUUUAAUUUUGCUAACCAACCUACUGUGUGGGACCUUAUUAAAGACUACCAAAACUUAGGUUUUUUUGUACCGAAAAAGUGGAACUGGGUAGUCACUGCUGUCCAUCAAGAAAAACUUAAAUGUAGUAGCAUUGAUUUGUUGAAGUGAUGGAUUGAAUGAUUCCUGGUUGCAUGAGCCUCAGAAAUAUAAUUUGCCUUUUCAUGGGAGGGUAAUAUAGCAAAAUAUUGGCACCAAGCCAAAAGAAAAGAUAGUGGAGGUGCUGCUGGUGCUGGGUGGUCAACAGUGUAUUUUGAUAUUCCUGGAAAAAGUAGGUGUCUAGGGAAUGAAUUCUAGAGCUCGGGGCCUGGAUGGCAAAAUGACAAGCUGUUAGUUGAGGUAAAUGUGGGUGGGGGAAUAUGUAAAAGUUGGAGGGAUGAGUUUCUGGAGAGUUAUGGGGCUGAUGGAGUUUGGACUUGGGUAUGAACAAGGUUAUUGAAGAAUUUGAAUAAAUGAGAGUUUUUAAAUUUUGAGGUUUCUGUUCAGGAACCACUGAGUCAUGAAUGUGGGGUGAUGGGUGAAUAGGGCUUGGUGCAAAUGAGGAUAUUGAAGGGUCAUGAGGACUCGAAACGUCAACUCUUUUCUUCUCCGCCGAUGCUGCCAGACCUGCUGAGUUUUUCCAGUAUAUAAGUAUGGCUCAAGAAACCAAUCAAACUCAAGUGCCUAUGCUGUGUGCAACUGGUUGUGGGUUUUAUGGAAAUCCUAGGACCAAUGGAAUGUGUUCAGUGUGCUACAAGGAACACCUACAAAGACAGCAGAACGGUGGCCGGAUAAGUCCUAUAGGUGCAUCUAACAGUUCCAGCUCGGACUUUGCUCACGUCCAGCGAACAGAGAGCUUUAAAUCUGAAGGUGCCUCUAUCAAUGUAACUGUCAAAACAAAAUGUAUGUCUGGAUCAACCUUGCCUGUGACACAGCAGAUGACAGAAAUGAGUAUUUCCAGAGAGGAAAAAGAGACAGAAGUUGAGGUAGCAGAGCCAGUUAUAGCGCAGCCAUCUGCAUUAGCUGCACCAGCUAGUACACCAGAGUGUGAAGAGAAGUCUCCAGAGGUACCCCGACCAAAGAAGAACAGAUGUUUUCAAUGCAGGAAAAAAGUUGGUCUUACAGCAGGUUUUGACUGUCGAUGUGGGAACUUGUUUUGCGGACUUCAUCGUUACUCAGAUAAACACAAUUGCCCUUAUGAUUACAAGGCGGAAGCAGCAAUGAAGAUCAGGAAAGAGAACCCUAUUAUUGUGGCUGAGAAAAUUCAGAGGAUUUAAACAGGCAAUUGAAGAGGACAGUAACUAUCAAAGACUGCAUUUAUUUCUUUAUCCCCCUGAUCUAUUUUAGGAUCCUUCAUAGAGCAGAUGCAUGGGCUGUUUUUAAUCCUUGUCUGUUCUCCAAUUGUGCUUUAACCCUAGUUUCUUCUAAUUGUAAGGUGGCUGGACAUUACUAGAUGCAAUUGAGCACACAGUAUUAAUCACGACAAGUGAAACCAUUGACCUACAAAAUGAAUGGAAUGAGCUGGUUAAACAGUGAUUGUUCGCAGUGGUUGAUCUGCCAAGCUAGCUUGAGACAACACGUUGUAGUGCUUUUAAUUGAGUAAAAUGACCAACCAAAAACUUAUUUGAAAACCUGAAUAUGUUUCUAGUGCCUAAGCAGACUUCAGUCUUUGGACUUCUUCUCGUAUAGCCUAUAGAAUCAAAAAGAUCUAACAAAAUAAUAGAGCAUAUCUUUGAAUAAACAGGAUUUUAAGGUAGGUAGCUGAUUUUGUGAAGAUUCUGGGAGCUGCCUCCACUUAGGCAUACUUUGAUCAAGUUUUGUAGGUUAAUGACUUUCAUGCCGGGGUUAUUCAGGGAAAACUUGUGCAAAGAGGGAAGGCUUCCAAAGUAGUAGUUAACUUGAUUUGUUCAAUAUUUAAUUAGAAAGCAAUUUUCCUUGCCUCUACUGGAACACAGUCAGCCUGUAAUGUGUUCAGAAAGCAUUUAACUGUGGCAGUCUGAAUAAUGCAGAACGUUGUAGAGGCCAAUGAAUCUGAGCCUCUUUUACAUUUCAUAGAACAGUUAAGUCUGCCUUCAUUUAUCAAAGCAUAUGUACAUUAACUUUGUGUAGCUCUAUGAUAAAUGCAGGCUAUGUUUACAAAAGUUGCACAUGCUUUUUAACAGAGGUGUUAAUGAAUUAAAUCUCACAAACUGUGUCCAGGCAACUAAUUUAAUGUCCCAGUUAUACUGCAUGUUGGUGUGUCUAACUUGUGCUACAUGGUUUCCAAAUGUGCAAUAGAAUGCCAAAUUUCAGAAAUUGGUGGCCUUGUAACACAAAGGAGAACCCGGAAGAGAUGGCCUUGCAUGGCUGAUAUGACCGCAUGUGGCGCCCAGUCAUUUUUCUUGACCUUAUUGGUCUACUAAACUGACGUGUCCUGAUGUUCAAGCAGCUGAGGUGACUCAAUUACAUGUGCCACCUUGCUCUGACACAAUGGAUUAUGAGCAGGCUGUAUAUUUCUGUCUUCUGGUAGCACACCCCCAUCUUCACCAGUCCCAACUUUACUAUACCACAGUGCAUUAUAACUGGGCUAUAUAUUCUACAGUGAUAGAAGUGUAGCAUUGGCUUAUUGCAUGGACUGCACAUCCCCAGCAGUGUAAAAUGUUGAACUGUAGCAAUGACAGUAUACUUAACUGAAGCUAUUGUACUUUUUAAAUCUGUUAUUGGAAGACUUGUGAUGUAUGAAAUAGUUGCAUUUUUAAUCCAGUACAGUUUAGACAUGUAGCGUGAUCAGAAUCUUAACAAUUUUAUCUAAGCUGUGAUUUUGAUUACUGUUCAUUCUUGCAAUAACUGCAUAUUUAACAGUACACGGGAGCUUAUUUUUUGUUGACAGACUACAGUAUGCCUUUUUAAUUUUUAAUCUUGGGUAUGUAAUUUGUACAGAAGUAUUUAUAUUUAUGUAAUGCAUAUAAUCAUGCUAGUCAGCAUUUAUGCGAAAUUGGGUGUAAAUAAAUAUGUACAGAAUA